GAAAAAGAAAAAGAAGGGAGCUCAAUCUCAAUGGCAGCUUCCAUACGACCUCUUUAUCCACCUUCUUGUCCACUCAAACACUCCUCUUCUUCUUCUCAAUCCAUAAUCAAAUCUCACUCCCCGUUUUCUCUCUCUGAAUCGCACCGUUCAAUCUCCAUUUCCACUUCUGUGUCAUUCAAUCCCUCCGGAAACUACGACCUCUCUCUCUUCGAAGAAGAAGAUGCGACGAAAGCCCCGCCGCCGAUGCCGCCGAAGCAAGGCAGGUUCGAGGUCGUCAUCGACAACGACGCCAUCGCCCGCCUCGAUCUGUCUCCGUUCCACGCCGCCACCGGCGUGACCUCAGCGAAGGAGAAGGCGGAGGAGCUGCUAGAACGUAGCGUGGGUUUUACGAUCAACUACGUUAGGGCGGACGAGAAUGAUCCUCGAGAGCUAUCGGAGUUUCCUGAGAUUAGGCUGUGGUUUGUGAGGCUCGACGCUGUGUAUCCAUGGCUGCCUCUGGUUUUGGACUGGAGAGCAGGGGAGCUUGCACGCUACGCUGCAAUGCUUGUACCUCACCAGAUGAGUUUGAGAAUGGGAGUGGUGUUCAAUCCAGAGGCGUUGGAGUUGUUUGUGGUGCAAAAGGUUUUUGUUGUGUACACGUGGCUGAAGGAGAAUGAUGUUGCGAUGCCUAGAUUGAAGGCUAAGGAUAUGGCGAGGAUGCUUGGGUUUGGAAUUGGAGAUGAUCUAUUUGAUUUGGUUGAUCAAAACCCUUUAUAAUCAUGUUAAUGCUUCUUCAAUUUUGUACCAAAUCAUACUAUUAUAUACUAUCAAUUAAUGUGCUUAGUCCCAUGCAAUAACAUUUGUUUUAUGAUAGCA